UUCGUUUGUCCACAACGAUGGCACCAUCACCAAAUUGAAAAUUUUCAUUCAAUUUUGUUAGUAUUCACUCGCCUGAAGGUUACAUUUGUUUGAGCCUGAAAAGGCUGGAGUUCAGCAGGAAAUUGGAGGCUCGAUAUUUGGCCGACAGGUAAGGCUAACGUUGAGUAUCGCAACAGAAGAAUUAAAUUGGUACCGUGCUAGUUUAUUUUUUGCGAGAAAGUGACGCAAACGACCUUUUGUUGAAAAUAAAAUAGAUACCACUACAGUAAACAACAAAAAUACUAAAAUGAGCUGGCAAGAUUAUGUGGACAACCAACUACUGGCCUCGCACUGUGUAACAAAGGCUUGUAUUGCUGGACAUGAUGGCAACAUCUGGGCUCAAUCCAAGGGAUUUGAGAUUACAAAAGAGGAGUUGGCAAAAUUAAUUGCAGGAUUUGACCAACAAGAUCUGCUAACAAGCAAUGGUGUCACAUUAGCGGGCCAAAGAUAUAUCUACCUUUCUGGUACAGAUCGCGUCGUACGCGCAAAACUAGGCCGCAGCGGAGUGCAUUGCAUGAAAACUACACAAGCCGUCAUCGUUUCGAUUUACGAGGAUCCUGUUCAGCCUCAACAAGCUGCAUCUGUUGUUGAGAAACUUGGAGAUUAUCUGAUUACUUGCGGGUACUAGAAAUAAUAAUAAAAAAGUAAUAACAUAAUUAUAAUAAAAAACAUUAAAGCCGUAAAAAUAUCUUCUAUAAAAUCUAUUUUGGAAUAAUUUCAUAUGAAAAAAUAAAGUCAACGUAAAAAAAUAUA